GCUACAGAGCAUCUGUGCCGCUAUCUAUCCUAGCGCGUUAUUAUGAAUUUGUUCAUGAAUUUCCACAUUUUCCAAUCUCCAUCGUAACUAUCGCUUGCAUCAAAUUUAAGCUAAGCCUGAAUGAACAGAUGUGCAAAGAAAUCCGCUUUAUUUAGUGUAUUUUUCGUGAGCUGUGAUCAGAAUUAAGGUAGCUUUAGCUGGCUAGCUUGUUGUUAGCUGCGGACAAUUCUGGUGAAGACAGGGUUUGCUCUGCAGACACAGCUUCUGUUGUCUGGAAGUCAUUGUUCGCUGGUGGAAAGUAGUUUUUUACACAUGGACUGUAAAGAUCAUGCAACUUUAUGAGCUAAUGUUUUACUGCGAAAAUGCAAUGUUAUGAACUAAGCUUUUGCAGCAUUAUGAAUUUAAAUCAAUAGCGUUGGAUCAUUGACAUAGUAUUAAGUCAUCCGAAUGCAUUUUAUGUUAAAGCAUAUUGUCUUUUGUACUGUUAAAACUGUAUUUACCAACUGCGUGGUAUAAUAACUUUAUUGAUAAAGAGACGAAGGUUUGUUUUAAUCAACAAACAUGGAUAAGAAGUCAUUUGAUAUAGUAUUGGAUGAAAUAAAAAAGUGCGUCCUGACUGAUCAGCGGAUCAAAGCCAUAGAGCAGGUGCAUGGAUAUUUCUCCAGUGAGCAGGUGAUGGAGAUACUGAAGUAUUUCUCAUGGGCAGAGCCACAGAUCAAAGCAGUUAAAGCUCUUCAGCAUAAAAUGGUUGCAAUCCCUACAACCAAAGUUGCAAAUAUCCUGAACUGCUUCACCUUCUCAAAGGACAGACUGGUUGUCCUGGAACUAAUAGCUUUGAACAUUUCAGAUGCUCAGAAUUAUCGUCCUGUGGAGGAUCUCUUUCGCAUACACUUGUCUGAGAAGAAGCGGGCUCGCAGGAUACUGGAGCAAGUAUGCAAGGUUGGCUGCAAGGCUCCUGUUGCCAUGAUCUCCUCCUGUGGUAUGAUACCUGGAAAUCCAUACCCUAAAGGCAAACCCAGCCUGGUCACUGGCACAUUCCCUGGAAUCCCCCCAGUGAAGAAAGAAGGCGAGAAGAAAGAGGACACUUCGAACAAUAUGGAGGGGAAAGGAAUUUCUGCUCGUAUUAUUGGACCGUUCAAACCUUUUCCAUCGACCUACAACCCUCAUCGGCCUGUGCCAUACCCUAUACCCCCGUGCCGCCCACAUGCCACCAUCGCACCAAGUGCGUACAACAACGCAGGCCUUCUUUCUAUGGGAGGGGUUAUAACAUCCAGCGUGGCCCCUCCCUCCUACAACUCCUCCCACAAAGUAGCAGGUUACGCCAAGCCAGGCAAUCCUCUGCACACCACACCUGGAGUCAAAAGCGGGCCCCUCCUCAUUCCUCAUGGGUCCACGCCUUCAACCCCUAACCCACAUCAGGCUUCUCCUGCUCAGCCUCCUCCCACGACCCCUAUCACACCAGUGUUCCCCGGCAUGGUGCCCUCUCACAACCCAAAUGUCCCCUCUCUCUCGCCUGCUCCAUCCCCAUCUGUGAUCAAAGCCGGUCCUCAGACCCCCAGUGGCCAUUCUACACCUACACCUUCAUCUGUCAUUAAAGCCCACACCCCUUCAGGCACUCCUUGUGGAACCCCUGUCCCCGGCAGGAGCUACUCCCCUUCCCCCUUCCACGCCAUUUCCCGACCGGGCACCCCAGCCUCCCGCGGCGCCCCCGACCCAUUAUCCCAGACGAACUCCAUGGGCUCGACUCAGCAGAGAGCGUUUUCUCAGUCCGCAGAUCACCAGUCGGGACUCGGUCACCCUGGCAUGCACCUACAAGCAGGUAAUCCCUCUGGGUCAGUGAUCCGAAGUUACACCCCCUCUGGAGCCGCCACUCCAGUUCAUCCGAGCAAUUCCACCCAAGGCCUCAGUCCCAAACCCUCCCCGGCUCACUCUGCACAGAUUCAGGCUGCUAUGAUGCAGGCGGGGGUCCUGAACAGACACACUGGGGGAAGCAACAGUGGCAGCAACAGCCCUGUGCACUCUGCCUUCAAGGGCACCUCCCGCUCCGGCACCCCGUCUGUGAGCUCUCUUGUGGUUCCAGGUUCUGCGCAGGCGGCCCUGGCCCGUUCCUUUGGUCUUUCCCACCCCUCAGGUUCUCCUCAAGUAUCACUCGCUAAUGCAGUAGCUCUCUCCGGCCUCCAAGCCCUGUCCUCCAGCCAAGCACCCUCUCAUUAUCCUGGCCUGUCCCACUUCCCCUCACUCCCUCCUUCCUCCAUGCCUUCAUCCAUGCCUCCCAGCUCCAACAUGUCUAACCAUCAACAAGCCUCCAUGUACCAAAGCCUGGCUCACAACGUUGCCCCUGGUGGAGGGUCCCCUUUCGGUCUGGGCCUCACCUCUGCCACCUCUAUGUUCCCAGGCCUUCCGCCCGGUCAUAGCCCCGCUGGCUACCCAGGGUUGGGGGUUUCAGGAGUGCACGGUGCUGGGAGCCCUGUGUUGUCUUCAUUCAUGGGACUGCAGGGGGCCUCGGCCUCUUCAGUAGCGUCAGCAGCAGCCGCAGCUGGAAUUCCAUCAUCAUCGCCGGUUUUACCAGGCUUUGCGUCUGCUUUCAGCUCCAACUUCCAGCCUGGGUUGAGCAGCGGGCUCCAGCCUCCAGGCAGCAGCGGGUUCCCCGGCCUGCUGUCCUUCCCCGGGAUGCCGGGCUUCUCCCCCUCUGCCUCUCCUGCUGGCCUCAGUGGCCUCCACAACCAAGCCAUGCAGUCUGCCCUGCUACAGGGUCAUCCCGCAACUUUGGAGAACUUCCCUCCCAAUAGUUUCGCCAAUUACCCUCCAGGCCCAGGGAACCCCUUCCCCCUCCAGCCAGGCCUGCACCCCCAGCUGGGUUGGCAGUGAAAUCCACAACACACUUUGAAAAACAUGGAGAACAGUUACUCACGGUGGACCACUAUCAUAAAACCUGCCCUACCCCUCAGCAGUUGACAUUUUCUAUGUUUUGGCCUUGAACCCUGAUAGGCGCAGGCCAGAUAGUAGGGUUUCAUUAUCAUGUAUGUUACAGCCAGACUUACAACUACAUGUAACACUAUCAUGAAAUCAUGUGAAAUAGUGUUUGGGGGAGAUUAUGUAUUUCACAUUUGAUUCAUAAACAGUUGGUUUUAAAAUAUACCAUGACCUCUUUAAAUGUUAGCUGGACUUGGCUGUUUUGAAUCAAGUUUAUCAACAUUUAUUAGUGAAUAAUGAAUAAUAGAAAUGAAAUGUAAAACUGUACAUGCUAUCAUGAAUUGACACUAUCCUCAUAUUUGAUCCAAUGUCCAGUCUCAGUGGAAAAGACAAUACGAAGGAUAAUGACAGUCUCUCCUGAAAUGAACAUUGUAUUAUGACAUUUAAAUUGACUUUUGAAAUGGGCCCAACAUAAAUAUCUUUUAAUUCUGGUGCUGUGUACUGCUCCUCUGUGUGUUAUUUUCAGUGAACUGUCACUACACUUUGGCCUGUCCGCAGUUAAUUGUGAUUCACAUUUGUUUACAAGUUCAUUUAAAAAGAUUUCACCCCUAUGUUUACAGUACUGACCAGAUUUACUGUAUGAAGAUUUUCCUGAGAAUCAGCAAAUGUUGAUUUAUAAGUGGAUUUGAGGUAUAAAAUGUUGGUAUACUUAAGUAAUGCUGUGCAGCAUCGUGGAAACGGUUUACCUCAUUUACUGUACAUCUAAGAACAUGGGGAGACAUUUGAGAUGAACAGACUUUUUAUUUUCCUUUGUUUGUUUUUUUGUCCUUUUUUUCUGUAUUUGCACCUGUUUUAUUAUUUUGUCAGUAAACUGCUGGUUGCUGUAGCUGUUACUGUAUCUCUAUUCUGUGUGAUGCCAUGUCUAAUAGGAAAGCCCUUUGUUUAAUUAAUGAAGGUGGAUAGAACAAUGUGUAGAUAAAUAAUUAUGCUAUGAAGGAGUGGCUGUUAUUUGCUUAUUAACUGGUGUAACAAUCAACUAUGUGACUUUUUAAUAAAAGGGUGCCAAGAUCAAGGCCAAAAAGUCU